CUGGCUUGACAGUUUGCCGUUGCGGUAAAGACACACAGUCAACGAAAGGAGGAGAAAGGAUCCGGUUUACCGGUACCACCCGUUUUUAUUCGCUGUAGUUUUACCGCUACUGUAGCAGUAACCAGUAUCACUCAGAGAGCCACGGCAUCAGUCAAAAAUAAGCCUCGUAGAUUGUAUUAUUCCCGAUUUCGCUAACCAGCUGGCUAAUGUUAGCUGUUUCCUGGUUGGAGUUGCAGCCAUUUUGGAUUUUCACCGAGAAACAACUAGCCGGCCGUAGUUUUGGGAGCAGUGUCAGCUAGCCACAGCUUCCUUUUUCUUACCUCAACAGCUCUGCUGAUCCACAGACAGAAAACAGGAGACCUUUGACGACAGGAAGUACACUAUAUAAGGAGUCAACAAUGAAUCCCGAAUAUGACUAUUUAUUCAAGCUCCUCCUGAUUGGUGACUCUGGUGUUGGAAAGUCUUGCCUUCUUCUCCGAUUUGCAGAUGACACAUACACAGAAAGUUACAUUAGCACUAUUGGUGUGGACUUCAAAAUACGAACCAUAGAGCUAGACGGAAAGACCAUUAAACUUCAGAUCUGGGAUACGGCGGGUCAGGAAAGGUUUCGUACAAUCACAUCCAGCUACUACAGAGGUGCUCAUGGUAUCAUUGUAGUGUACGAUGUCACAGACCAGGAGUCCUUCAACAAUGUCAAACAGUGGCUACAGGAAAUAGACCGCUACGCCAGUGAAAAUGUCAACAAGCUAUUGGUCGGGAACAAGUGUGACCUGACGACAAAGAAGGUGGUGGAUUACACAACAGCAAAGGAGUUUGCAGAUUCCCUGGGCAUCCCGUUCUUGGAAACCAGCGCCAAGAAUGCUACCAAUGUGGAGCAGGCCUUCAUGACCAUGGCUGCUGAAAUCAAGAAGAGGAUGGGCCCCGGGGCCACAGCUGGAGGAGGAGAGAAGCCCAAUGUGAAGUUGACCCCUGGCACUACUGUCAAGCCUUCAUCAGGAGGGUGCUGCUGAGAGAGAAACCACUUCCACGUCAAACCCCCGACACCUCUGCGGGCCGAUCAGCCUGGCCGCCAUCCCCCUCAAACUCCACUGUGUCCGAGCAAAGCCCCGCCCCGCCCCUCCACAGCCAAACAGGACAGUGAAGACAUGACUCACAACAUGUCUCCAUGACAACAAGAUGAAGUUGCCUGUAUUUGUACUGUACAUAAUAUAGCCGCACUACCAAAAACAAAUAAAGCAUCCUUCUUGUCAAACUGUCCUGUUAUUGAUGACAAAUUCUACACAUAGGCGAUCAUCCCAGACCCCGACACCCCAUCACCCCCAUCUCAGACCUGUUGGAGACCCCUCCUUAUUUGGCUUUCUGAGCACAGGUCCAUGAGAACUCUGUCUGAGUGAGUGAGCGUGUUUCUCUGCAUUCCUACUGUGGGGUUGGUAAAUGAAUCAGUUUCUGUUUGUAUGGGCCUUUUCUGUUUCUCUUCUCUGUCUGUGAUUAUUUUGCUGUUUGUAUCGGCAUGUGUCUGUCUGUCUGCCCCAUUCAAAGGUGUUUUUUUUUAAUUUCCUCUCCAACCUGUGCACAGCAGUGUCUCACAGUCCAUCUAAAGUCAAGUGCAACUGUAUAUGUACAUAGACAUUAUGUAUAUAUUAUGUCACAUCUGAUUUGCCAGUUCUUUAGUGUUCGAGAAGUCAUCGGGAUAGUCUUGACUCAUUAUCUUUGCAUUAAAUUUGUGGCUGAAGACAACUGUAAGUUUGUUGCUCAACAUGUAACACUUCAACUGAAAAUAAAUAUUGUACUACCAGACUGUAAGAAAAGAGAGGAUCUGUCUGCCAUUAUUGAUGCGAUGUGUAGAAAACCUGUUGGAUUAUUUAUUCUACAUUCAUUUGGCAAAACUACUGCCACUUAAAUAGGCUCUGUUUGCAAAUUGCUGUGUAAUCUCAGUACAGAACUGCAUAUAAAAUACAAUGUUCUCUUGUUUUCAUAAUAAAGGCAACUGAAUCCAGUUUGAAAGGAACUCGUA